GGCCGCAGAACAAGCGGAUAUCGUGGUCUCUCUACCGUGUGGCGAUUAGAAGCAGAUUUUGUGCUGCCACAAGAUAUCUAAUUUUUUACACUUCUUGGCCUAAUCUUUCUCUCUCAAAAAAUUCUCAACACGCUCUUUCUGCCCCUGUUAAAGAAGAAAAGCCCCCAACAGAGAGGAAACCAAUCUCUGCUGUCGGCUGCAUUUAAAAUAUAGAGACGGGUUCUUCUCUUAUUUCCACCUUUCUUUUUCAAUCCUUACUUCCCAGGCUGCCUUCAAUUUCACACGCAUCCAUACACUCACCAGUCAAUAAAUGUUGUAAAAUAUAAAACCCCAUCCUAAAUGCUGCAAGCUAGAGAAGGGGUUGAAAUAUAACACAAAGUUAGUAGUAACAUGACCAGUAUAUGAAGAGAAGGAAAUUUUGGUGUUAAAGAAGAAAGUUAGUGAAUGUAUGUAGUAUAAAAAGAGAAAUCAUUAUUUGUUUUUAUUGCCCACUUGUGUGUGGAAAAACAAAAACGGCCAUCAACAAUAAAAUUAUCGAUAAAGGAGAAUUGGAUAAAAAAUCAUAAAAAUACUAAAAUUGGCAUAAUGCCAAACAUUUGAAAAAAAAUUUUGCAAAUCAAUUUUUGCAAAAAAUAUUUUUCUUUUUUGGGGAUGGGUUACGUCAUUUUUUAUUGGAUUGGGUUAUAAAAGAGUUUUCUUUUUUAAGGAAUUGAGGUUUAAUAAUAGCCAAAUAGUACCUACUUUAAUUUAUCUAGUCGUAAAAUGCCUGCUUCUGCUCUAGAGGAAGAUUUGUUAGAAAUUUCCAAGAAGCUUACACGGAUGAGUAAAGAUGUUGAUAGACAGCUCGGUGGUGCCAUUGAUUUGAUUGAAGCUCUCGAAAAAAUGCCCGUUAAUAUCGAAGUCUUAACUGUAUGUUUGAUUUGUUAUAUUUUUAAAUUAUAA